GAGAGAGGAAGGAGGACACUCAACGGCCAGGUCAGUCGUUACUCAGACGAUUUUCAGAGGAAGGACUGGUCUCAGCAAAGGGGAUGAACUUUGCACUGGGUUUCAAACCGCUGCUGGGGGAGUCUAAUACCAUGGAGAGCCUGGAGAAGCAGCUCAUCUGCCCCAUCUGUCUGGAGAUGUUCACCAAGCCGGUGGUCAUUCUGCCCUGCCAGCACAACCUCUGCAGGAAGUGUGCCAACGACGUCUUCCAGGCCUCCAAUCCGCUGUGGCAGUCGCGGGGGUCCACCUCUGUGUCCACUGGGGGGCGCUUCCGCUGUCCGUCCUGCAGGCACGAGGUGGUCCUGGACCGGCAUGGCGUGUACGGCCUCCAGAGGAACCUACUGGUGGAGAACAUCAUUGACAUUUACAAGCAGGAGUCCACCAGACCAAUCCAUCCCAAGUCCGAGCAGCAGCUGAUGUGUGAGGAGCACGAUGAGGAGAAGAUCAACAUCUACUGCCUGACGUGCGAGACGCCCACCUGUUCCAUGUGCAAAGUGUUCGGCGCGCACAAGGACUGCGAGGUGGCGCCCCUACAGAAUGUCUACAAGAGACAGAAGACAGACCUGAGUGAUGGCAUAGCCAUGCUGGUGGCUGGCAAUGACAGAAUCCAGGCACUGAUUUCACAGUUAGAGGACAUCUGCAAAACUAUUGAGGAGAACGGGCGGCGGCAGAAGCAGCACCUGUGUGACAAGUUCGACGCGCUCUACGCCAUCCUGGAGGAGCGGAAGAAGGAGCUGGUGCAGACCGUCAGCCGGGAGCAGGACGAGAAGCUGGGCCACGUCCGCACCCUCAUCCGUCGCCACGGCGACCACCUGGAGGGCGCAGUCAAGCUGGUGGAGGCAGCCAUACAUUCCAUGGAGGAGCCGCAGAUGGCCGUCUUCCUGCAGAGCACCAGGGAUGUACUCAAGAAGAUCACGGACACCGCCAAGGCCUCCAGCAUUGAGCGGACGGAGCCCGGGUACGAGAGCAUGGGCCACUUCAUCAUAAACACCGAUGACGUGGCUGACAUGCUGAGGACUAUUGACUUCCAGACAGUUUCCCAGGGUGAGGAGGGGGAUGAGGCUUACCUGCUGGAGGAGGGCGCUGAAGAGCAGGCAGCCCAGCCCAGCAUGGGGGCAGAGCCUGGGAGACUCUAACCCACCUGGGCCUCCUCCAGGUCAUUUCCAGGGAGGGCUGGAGACGGGACUUUCAAAGGAGGUUUGACAUAAUCCCAUGAGCACAACCAGAUGCUUGAAACACUCUGCUUUAGUCAUGUACCUCUUACAUGUCUUUGCUCUGAUUACAUGUAGUAUACAGUGCAGAACCACAAUGAGAUGCGAAAUGACUGAUCAGCUCAAACCCUCUUCCCUUGCAUUCUUUCUGCUUGCUUUCCUCUCUUAUACACAAAAGCUUCCGUGUUGUAUUUCUGUAUGAUAAAUGUAAUCCUCUCAUAUAAAAAUGACUAAUGUGAUAUGACAUUAGCAUGAAAGAUGCAUGUUGCGUUGUAAUCAGAAUGCCCUCAAUGUAAUAUUGUAGUAUCCAAUUUCUUUGCUCUAUGUUUUGAUAUAUUUCAUCUUGACUCUUUACAAAUUCUGGAUGUUGGUUGUAAUAUUUCAGACAGAAAAAAACCUAUGACUGUAAAUGAUGACAAAUCGUAUUGUUACUAAAAGGCAGGUGAGGUUGUAGGGUGAAGCCAAAGGAUGUGACUAAGGUUUCAUGUGAUGUCACCGAUGAUGGCUGUGGAAAUGUGGAAAAAGGCAGGACAGUGGAAUGGAAUAAGUCUUGCCUCACAGAAGGGCCUUUUCUAUUCAACAUCCAGCUCACUAAAUAGCAUACAAGCACAAUGGACAAAAUCGCUGUCAAGGACCAUAGAAAGUCAUACUUAGCAGUGUUAACUCUCUGAAGUGUUAGACAGCAAAGGUCAUGCAUCAUAUACGGGAGUAAACAUAGAGUUGCUCAGAGAUUGUGAAGUGUAUUGACUGCUGAGGCAAGUGAAGUCACAUUUUAAUUAUUAAUUAUUGUUGCAUAUACUGA